AUGGAUGUGGAGCUCUGUUUCGACGGCACCCUUAUUCGUAGUUGCAACGAGGCCACAUCCAAGCAAUGCUCGCAGGCCAAGGCAGAGCCGAGGUGGCACUGCCAAGAAAAAAACACAGCAGCCAUGGUGCGAGCCAUGGCGGCCGGUGGGCCCCGAAAGCAGCUCGCCACCAAGGCCGCGAGGAAGUCGGCGCCGACGACCGGCGGCGUGAAGAAGCCCCACCGCUACAGGCCCGGGACCGUGGCGCUCCGUGAGAUCCGCAAGUACCAGAAGAGCACGGAGCUGCUGAUCCGCAAGCUGCCCUUCCAGCGCCUGGUGAGGGAGAUCGCCCAGGACUUCAAGACCGACCUCCGCUUCCAGAGCCACGCAGUGCUGGCCCUCCAGGAGGCGGCCGAGGCGUACCUGGUGGGACUCUUCGAGGACACCAACCUGUGCGCCAUCCACGCCAAGCGCGUCACCAUCAUGCCCAAGGACAUCCAGCUCGCCCGCCGCAUCCGUGGCGAAAGGGCCUAAGCCGUCCUCCCCGUCAACGCUGUUAGUGGAUCGGAAGUGGAAUGUGUUGCUUCCGGUUGUAGUUUGUUCCUAAUUGCCGUGCUAGGUCUCUCUUGUUUUCUGUGGAAGAAAUAUGGUUGUUGGUAUGAGUAAGACGAACUUGAUAUGUGAUGAUGUUACUUUUGGUUUGCGAUGAAGCAAACGUAUGUUGACGACCUCA